CAACAAUGCAACCUUCCACCUUCCUCCUCGCGUCGUUCCUUGUGGUGCUGUCGAUGGCGAAUGGCGCGUCCGCCCAAACCUGUUCUGCCCAGGGCAAAAACGUCACCGCGACGGGGUUCGUCAUGGACAACUACUGCAUCGAUUUGGGGAAGCUUAUGGACAACCCGACCGUAAAGACACUCGAGGGCCCCGAAGUGCACUCGAUUCACUGCCUCGUGGACCUCAAGCCGUGUGUGGACUCGUUGUACACGUUGCUGGCGCCUCCCGAGAACGGCUCCAAGCUGUACACGGUCAAGUACCAGUUGGGUGCAGCCGGCUCCGCAUUGGCCAAGAACUACGCGGAAAACGCGCGGUUGUUGGGAGGAAAGAAGGGCUUCACUGCGACCGUGACGGGGGUGGACGAUGGCACGCCCGAGUUGAAGUGUGUGGAGCUGUCCAAGACGGUCGAGGUGGACGGCAAGCCGCUAACGUUGUCGUCCGUGUCCCCCGUCGCCUCCACUGCAGCGCCUGAUGCUACUACUGUGGCCACCCCGACCACAACCGCGCAGCCAACUCCGUCUUCGGUCAACCAUUUGGUGUUGUCUGGUGUAGCCGCUGCCGUGGGGAUUGUGGCGCUUACGGUGUAAAUGCGCCUAGGAGAACGUCCAAUCGAGAUGUUCGAGACUUGCAAUGGUAACAUCUAAUGCGUACAAUUGUAUUUUAC